AAAACCCGCGAGCUUUUGAUUUUGGCGUUGUUUUGCAAAGCACCCAAGGCGUCUGGCCUGCUUCAUCGCAUGGUGACGAUCAAAACAGAGAGGAGGCUACAGCAUAGGUUGUCGUGAGGGCAGCAACAUUCUCGUCCUUGCUCUGAUGAAAAGCAAUUCAAAAGAAACAUGGAUGACGAUUUAGGAAAGUGCGAGCGGCUCUUUCGAGAAGUCGGCAACCAACUGGACUGGUUCAAGUAUCGACCUCAAGACUUGCUCGUCAAGCUCGCCGCACAGAUUCGUGAAGAGCAAUGCCGCUCAAGAUCAGAGGAAUUAACAGCCUGUCUUGACGAUGACCGGGCUGUGCUGGCCAUGGCUGAUCCGCCUCCAACCGACACUCGCCGUACGACCGUGUCUCGGGUCCGUCACAAUGUUCACAAUGCUGAUCUUGCUGACUCCAUGGCGUCCAUGCAGCUGAAGUCAAACACUCCGGAUACAGACAACUCAACCAGUAACGCUAGUACCAUCUCAGCCAAGAACCCCGGGCCAGACUCCGAUCCAGCCAAGGUCAAAAAGAAGAAAGCGACGAAAACCAUCCCUGCCGAAAAGCCGUUCAGUUUCUUUCCGACUCCGCAGCCAGCCACUGCAACAGCAUUGACUACUUCUCAACAGAGUGUUGAUCUUGGUGGCGGUGACUCGACUAUACCCAAUGUGCCUGGGGUGUUAUCAGCAUCACCCCCUGGCAAGGCCAAACGCACACAGCUGGACGGCUCGCCAGAGUUACUCACAGCCAACGUGACACAGCACAACACCAAGCAGUCAUCACCCAGCCCUACUGACUUGCCCUACCCAAGUAAGCAGCUGUUCGGCUCUGCGACGGAUACUACAGCGUCCAACACCUCACAAUCUGCGUCGACACACGAAGCAAGAAACGGCAUCGGCAGUGAGUCCAUCAUCUCUGAUGAUCACAAUGAUGCGGAAUGCCCAGACCAAGACGAUGAUGUCGUGCUUUCCCCAUCACCAUUGCCAGCGUCACCUGAGGUGCAGCAGAGUGUCGACGAACAGACCACUGCAGCGGGCAAGUGGUCACGGAUACAGGCCCUAGAUGACAGUGAUGCUGGCGAUGUGGAAUUGUGCACAUCUGCCCUGGACGACAUGGACUUGAAUCCCACCGCUGUGGAUAUCACCAUGCCAGCACCACCACCACGCCACCGUGCCCGACAUCAGAUUGUAGACUCGAGCUGUGAGAACAGCCCGGUAGUGAUUGAACGCAAGCCUCGGCGUGAUCUAUCUGACCAGCUACGGCGGCCCGAGCAGAACACUCGUGGUCAUUUCAUUGUCUCGUCAAGUGAGUCCAGCGAUGCUGAGGAUAUACCGAACACAACUGGGCAAGCCGAGGGCAUGGGUGUUGCAGCCAUUGUUGAUGUGUCGGAUAACAGUGCCAAGGUGGAUUCGGACAGUGCAUGUGUGGAGGUGAAUGUUGCCAAUGAUCCUCCUCAGUGUUUGUCUGCUGGCCGAAACUCACUGUCACCUGGGCAUCUAUCCGACUGCAAGGAACCAAGCCACGGGGAAACAGAAGCUGCCCAUUCUACACUGCAGGUUUCGGAGCAUCUGCCGGGCGCAAGGGCAGUUGCUGACUUUUCACUUUCUCUCUGUGACGAUAGUGGUUCAGAUGGCGACGUCGAAGAGGAGGGAAAGUGCAUGGAUAAGUCAUUGCCAUAUGCCGAUAGUCCUAGUGGCGUGCCUGCUGUGGCUGCUUCCUGGCAUGCUGAUGAAGCUGUAGCUGUAAGUGCUGAUGGAUCAAUGGCUGGCUUUCUGGACGACCAGGCUAUGGAGCACAACGGUAGCCUGGAGUCGGAUGACGAAGGCAAUGAUGACUACGACUAUGGUGAUAGCUUUAUCAAUGAUGAUGAUGGUGAUGAGGAGGAGGAGGAGGAUGAUGGGGAAGAGGACAGCAACGGCGGCGAUAAUGACAAUGUUGUUGGUAGUGAUGUUGAAAAUGGUGGUGUAGAGAGUGCAAGUGACAUGGAUGCUACACAUGACUAUGGUGUUUGUGAUGAUGCCACUGGCAAUGCUGAUGACGCCACUGGCAAUGCUGAUGAAAGUCUCCUCAUCUGUGUAAGCGAUGACGAACAGUGUGCUGCUGUGUCUACUCCAAGCCAUGAAGACAGCCCUACCGAUGGUGUUGUGGCUGCCACUAGCAGUGCAUCGCUUGGUUAUGAUGUGUCAGCUGUGCUAGAUAGCCCACGCAUAGACUUCAUCCACCAUGAUGGCUCGUUGUCGUUCGUCCUGCCAUCUAGUGCUGGGUCAACUCACCAUCGCUCUCGACUACUACCUUCUUCCUCCCGUCUUCAACACACGCCGGCUGGAACAACGGAAGAGUCUGAUGAUUCUGCCCUUGUUAACCUGUGUAUGGACAUGGAGAAAGAGCUGUUGGCUGCAGAAGUGCAGCAAAAUGGCAUCGACGGCUGCGAGGGCAUCGACGAAAUGCCUUGCACCCAGGAUUAUGUGGGUGAUGAUCGGGCCAAAGAUAGUCUUCAUUUACCUGGAACAUCAUCACUGUAUGGCAUUGAUGGCAGUUCGCCCAGUCUACCAGCUGUUGCUGCUACUGCUACUGUGCCACUGAAUCAGACUGCUGCUAGCACUGGUGCCGGUGGUAUGGCUGGCAGCCAUCCUGAUCGAGCGCAUCCUGCUGCAGGCUCGGGCCCUUCACCUCGUUGCCAGCCGCGUGGAUCUACAGCACGUAGAAGCGUUAUUCUAGUUUCUGACAAUGACUCUGACUCCGGCAGCGAGAGCAACGUUCUACACAUGUCCAAGAAGCCACUUCACCCAGCUGCCCGGGUUGACAGCAGCAGUGAUGAUGACUUUGAGAACUUUCUUGUGGAGUCUAAGACACCCCGAGCGUCGAGACAGCCGGCCUCUCAUAAUGAGUUGGAAGAUUUCAUCGUUGCUGACGAUGACUGCGGUGACUUUCUUGCGGGUGGUUCCUCUGACGAAGAGGAAGAUCAUGUUGCUGAUGAGCCAGGACAAAGUUCGAGUAUACCUUUCUCAACACCUCGUCCUCGCUGGGAGAUGUCAACACCUUGGAAGACACCGGCAGGUUCUGAUAUGUUCACACCUUGGAAGACAUCUGCUGCAGGAAGUGAUGAUCGAGAAAAUGAUGUUCCUGAUGAUUGGCAAGUUCCUCCGUCGACGAAAGGAGGUCACCGCCCGCCUGGCCUGAGCAAUGUUGAUAUUGUCCGAACUCCCAAGCGCCUUCCAGCCAGCACCCCUGUACCAGCCAGUGCAGCUGCUUUCAAAAGAUCACGCGUGUCGCUGUGUCAGCGCUACUUCCAGCUUUUCAACCACUCUGUUUUCUCAAACAAGCUCCCGGCGGAUAUGCGAAUAACUUGGAACAAUCGCAUGAGAACAACAUCAGGAUUCUGCUACACCAAACGAAGUUCGGCUGGUGAAUUCACGGCCUGGAUUGAGCUUGCUGAUAAAGUGUGCGACAGUGAAGAGCGACUGCGUGACACCCUGCUACAUGAGAUGUGCCAUGCGGCGGUGUGGCUGAUUGAUAGGAUACGCGGUGGUCAUGGUCCAGCCUUCAAAGCAUGGGCGAGGAUUGCACUGCGUGCACAUCCAAAUAUCCCGGCCGUCUCCCGCUGCCACAACUACAGCAUUGCCACCAAGUAUAGCUACAAGUGCACUGGAUGUGGGUUUGUAAUUGGCCGCCAUUCGAAAAGCAUCAAUACAGAGAAACAAGUGUGUCCGUAUUGCCUCAGCACACUGGAGCUGCAGUCUGGUGCCAGUGGCAAGCAGGCCAGCGGCUUUGCUCUCUUCGUCAAGGAGAACUUCAAGUCUGUCAAGAGCUCUAUGCUACAGGGAAGCAGUCAUGGCGACAUUAUGGCUGAGCUCGGUGUCCGCUACCGACAGAGUAAUGCUGCUGCUCAGGGCAAUAUCAAUGACAAUGCUGCUGUCUGUGCCAGUUGAGUGCAGCAACCAGUGGAGUGAAUGCUGUGUGCUAUACACUCCUCCUAUGCCAGCCCCCCGAUCAAAGCCACAUCAUGGCUGAGCUGGUUGUCCGCUACCGGCAGAGCAAUCCUGCUGCUCAUGGCAACAGCAACAGCAGUAUAAAUGCUGUCUGUGCCGUUUGAGUGCAGCAACCAGUAGAGUGAAGUAGAAGCCGCCUAUGCCAGCCCGCCAGUCUUGGAUUCAUGCUUCUCCGUACAUGCCUCAAACUCCGUGCUGUCCUGGCAUGCACUUCGUACUGCUGCAUUGUAUUCGACUUGUAUGACUACCAGUUGCUUGGUUCGGGAUAUGGAAUUGUUCCUGUGAUGCUGGUGAAUGUUGGCAUUUCACCGCAUGAUCGCCGACCUGUUAUGUAUGGUGUGUCAGGUAAUGAAGCACACGUGCUCUGGAUAUGCUGCUAUCAGGCUGCUACUUUUGCUGACUGUGUUUCUGCUACUUCACAUGCCACUAGUGUCCAGAGUAGUUAUAGGCUGCGAGUGUGUGCUUUUAUUCUUUCUUAGUUUCGUGGGACAUUUUUUAGUAGUAGUCUUUAAACUUUUUGGUGAAACAUUCUUUUCUCUCCCUGCAGCCUGGAGCUGCCAGGGUUUCUGCAUCAGUCAGGACACUAAACGCGAUAUCAGGGAGCUGGCCUGCCCUUUUUAUCUACAGCCCUGGCCAGAUAAUCCAACCACAUGCGCUACAAGUACUUUUAUUCACGAGGUAUGAUUUCUCUGGCAUGUACAUUGUAUGCGAUCGCAAGUUUUCUACUUUACUGUAUUUAUAGCUCGUUCUUUGCUUACUCAAAAAUGCCAGCCUGUGUGUGUGUGCGUUGUACAAGCCAGGUCCAUCGACUAAGCACUA